AUGGCCCCAGUUGGAUUGCCUCCAGGUUUCAGGUUCCAUCCGACUGAUGAAGAACUUGUCAACUAUUAUCUCAAAAGGAAAAUUCAUGGCCUAGAGAUUGAACUGGACAUCAUUCCAGAAGUUGAUCUUUACAAAUGUGAACCUUGGGAAUUGGCAGAGAAAUCCUUUUUGCCCAGCAGAGAUCCAGAGUGGUAUUUUUUUGGACCAAGGGACAGGAAGUACCCCAAUGGAUUCAGAACAAAUAGAGCAACCAGAGCAGGAUAUUGGAAGUCCACCGGGAAAGAUCGGAGGGUGAGUUGCCAAAAUCGACCGAUUGGAAUGAAAAAGACUUUGGUAUACUAUCGAGGUCGAGCUCCCCAGGGAAUCAGGACAGAUUGGGUGAUGCACGAGUAUCGUCUUGAUGAUAAGGAGUGCGAGGAGACUUCUGGGAUUCAGGAUUCAUAUGCGUUAUGUCGAGUUUUCAAGAAAAAUGGAGUGUGCACCGAAAUAGAAGAGCAAGGGCAAUGUAGCGUAUCGUUGCUCGACUAUCCUCAGGGAGUCACGACCGAGUGUGAAACAAUGUCACCAGAUGUCCCCUUAGCUUCGUCGUCCGCGAAUUGUAUGGAAGAAGAAGAUAAAGACGAGUCGUGGAUGCAGUUCAUUACAGAUGAUGUAUGGUGUUCAUCCAGUGCACCUUUUGGUGGCGAAGAGAUGUCUCAACUGGCAUUUACAAACUGA